AAAGUCAGAGGCCCUAUGGAAGGAAAGGGAAGAAAACGGUGCUGGGAAGUACUCUGCAGGGCAGCAUUCCUGGCCGCCAUCCUGCUGCUGCUGCGAGUCAAGGGGGUGAAGCCUCAGAAAGGCAGCCUGGAUCCUAAUGAGAGGAGUCAGAACGAGAAGAUACCUUCCACAGACCAGGAUCAAGAGCACUUUGAAGAGCACUUUGUGGCCUCAUCAGUGGGGGAGAUGUGGCAGGCUGUGAACAUGGCCCAGCAAGAGGAUGACGAGACAUCAGACACAGCAGCCCUUCGUGACCACCUAUUUGACCUAGCCUUCUGCUUCAAUCUGGCCAGCAUCAUGGUUUUUUUAUGAGGGAAAUUGAGGCUGAGGCGGUAGCAUGGUUCCUGGAUGAGGACCUUGAUGUCUACCUCCGCUUCAUGAUAGCUUACUGACCCCUCUUCCCCACUGGGCUCCAGGCCACUACUCCCAAGGGAGGCGUUCACACAGCUUCCUGCCUCUUGCCACUAGCUCUUCACCUCAGGAUGCAGCACCCAAGAGAUCCUGGUGCUAGCUUCUCAACUGUCCAUUGCCCCAGUCUGACUGCCUCUCCACACUCUGAGCUCCAUCUCCCAGGGCCAGAGACAUAAGACCCGUGGCCUUCUCUCUCCCACACCUCUCCUGGUUCUGCUCUGGAUAGCACAUUAGGAAAAGGAGCCUGCCACAAUAAAAGUAAUAGCAAUAAAGUCCUGAAAACAUUUGGGGGCAGCUUUCUGAGACUUAA